CCUCGCUCGCGCCUGCCGGUUCCCAGGACAAUCCAGAGCCAGCGGGGAACGAGCGACGGCUGUUGGCUGCCACUCGGAUUGGAUUGGAUUGCCCCCCCACUCCCCUCCUGGCAGAGGCUUCACUUGACUGAAGCGGGGAAGCUCAUUAACCGGCCGCUUUGGGGGGUCAGGCUGGCUUUCGGCGCGCUUCCUCGGUCUUCGCUCCCAAUCUGUACGCGGCGGUAUGGGGGACCGGACGGAGAAGGCGCCUGUUUCCCUGCUCCUCGUCCUGUUGGCGGUUUUCUGCCAUGGUCGUAUUGUGAAGGUGCCUGAAGGACCAUUAAUACGAGUUGAGGAAACUGAAGUGGUGAUUCCAUGUAAUGUUAGUCAGUACGGUGGACCUAGUGAGCAGAACUUUGACUGGGAGUUCUCGACAAAUCUUGGUCAGGAUUCUAAGUUUGUACACAUAUUGAGUACAUGGGACCCUUGGUUUAUGUCUCCAGAAUAUCAAGAUCGGGUUAAUAGGGGAGAGAUCAUGUUAAGGCGAAAAAGCAACAGUGCUGUGGAAUUCGUGAUUGGAAAUAUUCGUCCUACUGAUCAAGGGAUAUACCGAUGUACUACACCCAGCACAGACAGUGUCGUCCAGGGAAACUACAAUGAUGUAGUUGAAGUUAAAGUGAUUGCAGAUGGCUUAACUGUUACUGGAUCGAACUUCUACUCCUCAUCAACUUGGAACGUAUCAGAAGGAGAUACAUUUCAAUUACGUUGCUCAGCUUCUACCAAUUCUACUGAACACACCCAUCUGCAAGUGUCUUGGGAGUUCAAGAGUAACCUUGUCUGGCAAGAAAUCCUUUCCCUGACACAUGAGGGCAAGUUCCGGACUGGCUCAGAAUACAGUGACCGCUAUAUCAGUGGGGAUGUGCGCCUGGAUGCUAUGGCUAAUGACAUUUACAGCCUGUCUCUGUCUCAGGCUCUUCCAACAGACGAAGGCGCUUAUAGGUGUCGAGUGAGUGAGUGGGUUAAAGGGGCAGAUGGUUCAUGGCAAAAGAUCCAAGAGAAGACUGCUGAUAUAGUAAAUUUGGUGGUGAAACCAACAUCUUUAGAAGUGUUCAUCACCAGGAGCAAUAUAUCUGUGAUGGAACGAGAAUCCCUUGAACUUACCUGCAACAUCACAACAGACAGAAGUGGUAUUUUCCAAACAGAAAUCACAUGGUAUUUCAAUGAAUCUCCAGAUGGCACCAUGGCAGAGGCUCAGGUUUUGCUGAAUGCUGACCGUGAUUUGGUAAUUAGUGAUUCCACCUUUAUCAGCCCCAGCCAUGUAGAUCGAAGUAAUUACAACCUGUUGAUGCGUGAUGUAGGCACUGAACACUCUGGUUACUACUACUGUCAAGCAGCGCUGUGGGUGCCGCAACACAAUGGCAGCUGGCAUAAGGUAGCAGAGAAGAUAUCGGUACCAGUCACUGUGGAAGUGGUGACAUUGGAACCAAAUUACUACGUGUUUCUGAAUGCUUCUAAAACACCCCUGUUUGCUGAGGAUCCCACAGAGCUUGAAUGUAGGAUCAUGGAGGUACAGAACACUGAAACAAAUGUUCGUUUCACUGUGUCCUGGUACUAUAGGAUGCCCACACGCAGUGAUGAAGUGGUAGAAUAUGAACUUCUGGCCACUAUGGAUGCAGACUGGACACUAGUACUUGGCGAGAAAAGCAAACAACGUGCUCAGAAUGGGGAAAUUAUUUUCUCUAAACCAAAGGUAGACAUCUUCCGCUUACGAAUCCAAUGGACUUCUGAAACAGAUAGAGGAGAAUAUUAUUGUGUAAUUUCAUCAUGGAGCAGACAGCGCAACAACAGCUGGAUAAAGAUCAAGGAUGUGGCUUCUAUGCCUGUAAGCAUUUUAUGGUCUACACAAGAUUACACACUAACUGUAGAGGCUGUGAAGCUGAAACCAUUCUUCAUGGCAGGGCAUACAUUUGAAAUGACCUGCAAGGUGUCAUCCCAGAACAUCAAGACUCCUCGUUAUUCAGUCCUCAUUACAGCAAUGAAGUCUCUUAGUGAUCGGACGAGAUCAAACGGCACUACUCGUAUCAUUUCUCUCAAUCAAGAUUCGGUAGUUAGACGGGAAGACUGGACAGACCAGGACCGGGUAGAUGGUGUAGUCUUGGAAAAAAUCCAAGAAAAUGAGUUCCGCUAUAGGAUGUACCAGACUCAGAUUUCUGAUGCCGGGCUAUAUCGCUGUGAGGUGACUGCAUGGUCACCAGGGGGUGGCGGCAGAUGGAGGAAGGCAGUUGAUGGUUUCUCCAAUCCUAUCCAGAUAGACUUCCAGACCUCAGGACCUGUUUUUAAUGUUUCAGUGCAUUCAGAUAGCCCAACCAUUUAUCGAGGUGAUCUGGUAAACUUGUUUUGCAUCAUCACCAUUGAAUCAACAGUACUUGAUCCAGAUGACAUGUCAUUUGAUGUCUCCUGGUUUGCCACACGUUCUUUUGCAAUGGACAAAGAACCUGUUUUCCUGGCUUCAGUAGAUCGGAAAGGAAUUGUGAAACAAGCAAGAAGAAAUGGGAGCAGUGAUCUCAGCUUAGAAAGAAUUUCCCCUAUGGAGUACCGGCUUAGAGUUCAUGGCUGUGAAGAUCAUGAUUUUGGCAAUCACUUCUGUUUGGUAACUCCUUGGGUGCGAUCAGCUGCAGAUGUUUGGCAACAGGAAAAGGAAAUAAAAUCUAAAGCAAUUCUUGUAACUGUGAAGAUGGAUGUGCUGAAUGCUUUCAAGUUUCCACUGUUGAUUGGCGUUGGGCUAUCUUCAGUUAUCGGUCUUUUAUCCUGUCUGAUUGGCUAUUGUAGUUCCCGUUGGUGUUGCAAGAAGGAAGUUCAAGAAACUAGGCGAGAGCGUCGGCGCCUUAUGUCUAUGGAAAUGGACUGAAGAAGAGAGAUGGAUGGCCUUAUUUUGGGGACAGAGGGAUUUUGGAAGGGCCAGAUUUACUCAGACUUGAGUCUGGUAAGCCAAAAUGCCCUGACAACAGAACCAUCUGAUCUUGAUCUGGAGCUGCUUUUUCUACCAAUGUUUCAUAUUGAGAACACGUGGUGCAUUUGUCAGCAUUUAGCUCUUUUUCCAAUGGCACUUUUUAUUGGGAUAGAAAUUUCAAAGGAAAACUGUUGCACAGACUUUUAAAUAAGAUCCACUACCAAAAGUUGUGAUUUACAAACAAAAGCAGACCCCUAUUCUUGAUUAAUAGGAGAGUGGAAUUGAAAUCGUUUGCAUACAGUUAAAAAAUCUGCCUUAUAACUAAGUGACCUCUCUAGAUAACAUCUCUAGAGAAGGAAGGAAAUGUUUCUGUGCAGUAUAUUUAAUGGAAAAUCCCUCUUGUGUCUUAGGUGAAAAUCAAAUUCUUUUUUAUUAUUAUUAUUAUUAUUUUUACAUGAUGCUGCUUCAGCAGCCUCGCAAACUGAUUUUUAGAAAACGUACUUUGUACAAAUUUGCUCUUACAGGGCCCACUCCAAUUGAUUUAUUUUGAGAAUCACAAUUGCUUUCUUUCAGUUAGAUAUGCUUGAGACUUAAGUCUUUCGAGAAGUACUAUCAGAUUUCCUGCUUCUUCUUUUCAUGCUGUGGGUUUUAUGUAAUUACUUACAUUUCAGAAAAUGGAUAGAGCCUGCUAAAUGUUCUAAUGAAAACUACAUUAUUAGUUCAGUGGUCAAAUGUCUAGAAAUCCUCUAUGGCUAAUUUGGCUAAUUUGGGGGCCGGCAGGCAGACCCUGACUAAUUACAAUAGUAAUGUGGAAUGAACUGUAAUAAAGUCAAGUACACAUUGCCACAGAUCCUUUUGGGUUAGCAAACAAAUGAUCAGAUUUCCAGCUUGCCACUUCAAUUAGACUUUGACACUGCAGGGUAAGGGUAUGAAAGGUGGAUGAAAAGGAUUGGAUAGGAGUAAGGGAAAAUGCCUAUCCCCAGUUGUUUCUUUGUGCAUGACACAAUGCCAAGGGCUGUGCCCUUCAAUGUACCAUUUACUGUAUGUAUUCACUAGGAAAGUGAUAAUUUUCCCACAGAUAUUUUUCCCUUUUUUCCCACAGAGUUCUUUUUUGGUGCUGUUAUAGAGCGAGACUUAGGUCUUGUCUUCCACAUACUGUUAUCCCACAGCCAUGAGACUGUCCUGUGAUUUAGGACAGUCCAUCUUCAAGCACAGCUAGUAUUUUCAAGCAAUAAGAAGUCUGAAUAAAAGUAUAAUAAAAUCAAUAUGCUUUAAAUAUAAUAUGAUUUGAAUCAAACUUAUACUGAAGUAAAAGCAUAAGAAUCAUUUUUCAAAAUGCUUCAGAGUGAACAGAAAAUGUUGAUCUUCCAAAUACACUGGUGUAAUAUGAGUUGAAUGUACAUUGUACACAGGUUGCAGACAUACAGAUUUAAUAAUGAUUAUUGCUGUCAUUUCUGUAUAUUCAUUAAGAAAUGGAAGAAUGUGUACAGAUCACUCAUUGUGCAUAAAUAUCCAUUCAACUUGCAUUGAUUUAGGUGCAUAUUUAUAAUUUUUUAAAUAUCCACUUAUAGUGUUAAACAGGUAUUUGAGCUAAGCCUCAUUGGAAACAUCUUUCAUAGACAUUCCAAGGAGUAUUAUUAGAGGACGGUCCAAUUUUAGCUACACGAUAUCAACUCAAAAUUGAUUUGGUUCCUCUUUGCUGUGUUAUAGUCCUGAUUUGUAUUGCUCUAUCCUAAUCAAGUGAUCAUAAAAUUGCAAUUGUAAUGUAGGGAUAUCCAAAUGGAUGAUCCUGGAAGGAUUUGCAUCUUGAGAGUUUAAAGAACUCUCUUCAAAUCUGUGACUUGGAAAGUUUAUAGAGCCAAUAUGGUUUGAGAUUGAGCUAUUUAGGAGGCUUAGCAAAUGAUUUGGCUGGCUGACCAAUCUUUUUUUUUUUCAGAAAGUCUUCUUCAUAAUGAACUGUUUCACACUUGACAUUUAUGCAUGACACUAGAUGUUAUUUAACUUGACAGACCACAACAUUUAACAAACCUCUUUGUCUUUAUUGUUUCCUAGUACGAGAUAAUUUUUGAGAUUAUUUUUUGCCCAUACAUUAAAACAUCUUAUUUCUACAGUAAAAUUGUGAUAAGGAAAGCACAAAUGAUACUUUCAUAUGUAUUUUUAUUUCGUAUGUUUUUUUGUUCUCAGAGUUUGAGGAAGAAACAAAAACAUACUUAAAUGCAAUAAUUAUGGAAUAGAUGAGCCCAGGAGAUUGCUUGAAUUUUCUCAAGCACUUGUUACACAUUGACAUUGUCUCUUUGUGGAAAGAAACUCAGGUUUGAUUCAGGAAUUCCUUGUUAUUCUUUGAGGAUUCCCUGUCUCUCUAGUUUUGCCCAUUCUUUUGGAUUGGAAAGAGAAGCAGUUCCUUCCAAGCAUCAAUUGGUCAGCAGGACAUAGUUCUUCCCUUUGGAUUUGAGGUGAUGCUUCAUGUCCUGUUCUGAACUACACCUGAAAUAGUACACUCUUUUUUCAAUUGUGCCAGUUUUAUAUCAUUCCUCAAACAGAUCUUUUAUCUCCAUAAGAUUUUUUUUCCCACUCCUACGUUAUGAUCAUUCUGUUUCUUAUUUGAGACUCAGAUUCUCAGUAUAUUUAUCAAAGCUUCAGUCAUGGGUUUAGCAGUCAAAUAUCCUAAGGGCUUCCAUUGAUCUGGUUUAUCAUUUUUGGCAUUUUCAACUUAAAGAAACUGAGGACACUUGGAAUGUGAAAUGAACUUGUUUUCAGAAGUAUCUUGAAUAAAGGAAAUGGAAUAUCUUUUGUUCAUUUUAAGAGAGAAGAUUCAAGUGCAGUUCUGGAUGAUUUUUAAAAUAUUUCCAGAAUAGCUUUGGAGGAUAAGAAUUGGACAAUUAUAAUGAUUCUGUGUAAUGUGUGUGUUUUUCUAUAAAAAAUAAAUGGUCUUUUUAUAAAAUCUGUUUUGUGGUCAUUGUGUUGAACUACGGAUUAUUUUUGCUUUAGGCACAGGAAUCUAGAUACGUUUUCCCAAUGGAUGGAUUCUUUUCUAUUGCAUUUAUAUCCCAACAUUUGCAUGACAUUUAGAGAAGAAAAAGAAUUGUAGUUUGGCAAUUAGUCUCUGUGAAUUUUGUUUUAUAGCUAAUUUUAUUUCAAAAUGAUGGAUUGAAAAGAAGUGAUUUUGCAACUGAAGUGUGUUCUCCCCUGUGCAGGGCUUAGUAUUGUGCUGAAAAUGUAUUGAGAGCCCUCAUCUUCUAUUAAUUAUGUUGAUAAUGCUGCAAUGGUAUUUUCUUAUAAGAAAUAAUCUCUAUAUGUGCAGUCUAGAACUAAAUUCCUUCAUUCCUUCAAGAUAAUGUUUGUGCAGAGAAAUUUCUUAUACUAGUAAGUUUUAUAAAUUGAUCCUGGC